AUGCACCAUGGUAUUUUUGGACAAGAAAAAAGUGUGGAUGAUGACCAGACGCUGAUGGACAUUGGCGUGCAGCCUCAUGGGAUGGUCCAAAUUGAGAUGAGCUCGCUAGACCCAGAGAAUUACCCCAUGAGACCCAUCAAACCACAGCAGGAGUACAACAUGCCGGAUGUCAUCACUGUCAGGGUGCAAACAGACACAGACUCGUAUCAGGACGUGGUGGUGGAGAUCGAGAGAGUCACUCGAGGGAAAGCGUUUCUGGGAGGAUACCGUCAUAAUGUGACCAAGGCGGAGUAUCAUCAUGCUGCUGUACAGACGAUGCCUAAGAAGAGGCCUGACAAGGGUGUUGAGAUGUUCAGCAGGGAUACACAGACGGUUGAGUUGAAGAACCAGGAUCAGCAGUGCUCCAAGAACGCCUCAACUCAGAUGAUCAAAAUUGGCUGUUAUGUGUCCAACAUGGCGGACAAACUCAUCACCCCAGGGACUUACAUCACUGCAGGAGAAUAUCACAGCAAGAGACUGAGAGCUGUCAUUACACUACAGUCAUAUGUCAGGCGCUGGCUAGCCAGGUGUUUCACAGACAGCUUGAGACAGGCUAAAGUGCAGCAUCUGGCAUGGCUGGAAAAUGAAAAGAGAAGGAAGAAAGAGGAGAAAGAGCAGCAGAUCAGAGAUGAAUAUCACCGCAGGAUGAAUCCGGAGUCAAAGGCAGACUUUGAUCUGCUUUAUAAUGCCUUGAAAAAAUGGAGGAUAGAGGAAGUGGAACACGUCAAUGUCACUUUAUCUGGUGCGGAGAGAAAGGCAGCGCUGUGCGCUCUACUGGAGCAAGAGACCCAGUUCAUCUCCUCCAUAGAACGGCACAGAAUGGCUGCAGGCACAAGGAACCAGGAUAAGACCAUACAAGCCUUCCUCAACAAGUGUGCAGAACCAAAGAAAUGGCGUGCAUUUGAUGGGAAGGUGACACAGAUGGACACGCAGUUCACCAUCAGAGCCAAGGAGCUGCGAGACCUUUACAGUAGCAUCACCCAGGCUCAGUUCACAAACGACGAACGUCUGGAUGUGCUUCUCACUCUCAAACACACCGUAAAGGAACAUAAAUGCAAGCUAACACAGGAUAUAGUGGACUUGAUUGACAGGGAGGUGGACCUGCUGAUGAGGGGCGUUAAAAAAAGCAACCUGGAGGGGUUGAGGAAGAGGAUAGCCUCCCUCUUUCUCCAGUACAUCAAAACCCCUGCGUUCAACCCUCAGGUGUCCACAUUUCUGUGGGUGCCUCAGGAUCCUGCUGACCUGAAAAAGAACAUCUAUUUGUGUCGUGGCUGUAAUGAGUAUCAGUCAUCCACUGACUUUGCUCUGAAGACAAACGCAUCUUCGGUUGGCCUCUGUCGCCGCUGUAUGGAUUUAGACAAUGAGGCUCGUCGAAGAGAAGACUUCUCUCUUUACAAGAACAUUCUCAUGUGCUUGCGUGAAUCUGAGGCCGAGUGCAGCCCAGAAGCCAAAAUCACUUACCUGCUACAGGAGCAGGACCUGCGGUACCUGGUGGAUGUGCUGUGGGGGGCUCAGUCUGCUUUGAGUGGCUGGAAAGACCUUCAUGAUUUACUGCUGGUCCGGUGGGAGAAGCAUUUGGACUGGAGCCCAUGGAACUGCAUCCUACUUACAAAGGACGAGGCGGCUGCACAUCUCAAACUGGAGAACAUCGAGAAGGCAUACGAUGUGGUAGUUAUCCGUAACGUCAAGCAGAAACACGCAUUGGCCAGGAAGUACUUCUCCCAGAUUCCUGCAAUGGCCGAAUGUCUGCACGACGCUGAGAUUCAGCCUGCUGCCCUCAGCAACCUGCUGGUCUCCAAACCCAUCACCAAUGCAACCAAGUAGAAUCGCUAAGAGGCAACCCACAAUCCUGCGGGGCGCUCAGGGAAAUCUGCAGCUUCACUAUUUGUGGGCAGUAAAGUAUAGAGAUCUAAAACCUUAUUAAGAGUCCUUCUUCAAGAUCAUUUAUCGAAUUUGAAUAUCGUAUAUGUUAAUUAAAACCGUGAGUA